AUCAAAUCAUAAAUUUUUUGAACUUUUACUCCUGCUGGGGUGAACCCCUCUCUCUCUCUUCGCCUUCCUCAUGUGCUCGGAUUUCCAUUAAUGGAAGUUUUCAAUGUUUGCCGGUGAUACCUUCCUAGAGAGAGAUGCAGCUGUCUGCAUCUUCUGCGCGUCACGCGCGUUUUGUAAGUGAGUUCAGUUUUAGUUGAAUUCUUUUGGUUUGAGAGCGAGGACAGAGAGAGAGCAUAAUGGCGAAGCCUAGAGCGUGAACACUGACACUCUGCGGUAUGGCUUCCCCUCGUCCAUUUUCUCGAAAAUCCAAGUCCUCGAACCAGGCGGACAUGUACUCCACAGUGGUCAUCCAUGGCGACACAGGAGACUCGGACCAGAGAGACCCCGACCCUCGAAAAGACGAGGAGGAGGAAGAAGACAUCUAUGCAACCAUGAUCACAAAAGAUCAUGAGGACCCAUCUCUCCCUCCUCUGUUAAAGCGCCUCCCUAAGGAUUUUGGAGCCGCCAUUGAUUAUGAAGAAGAAGAACACAACUAUUCGGGAAGUGUAAUUGUGAGAUCGAAUCGAUCUUCUGUCUCUAAAUACCCUAGAAAACCACCAGGCAUCGAUCCUAGGAGUAGAGGGAGCCUGAGAAAGAAACCAGAGGUUGAGGAUCCUUAUUCAACGUUUCUGGUUAAGUCGAGUGUUCGUUCUAGAGGGGGAACCUUUAGAGGUUCGCCAUUUGGGACUAUGCUGAGUAGGACAGGGAGCAAUUUCUCAACAUCGAUGAGCAAGGCAGUCGAGAGCAUCAGGGGAGGAGCAGGCAUGGAGUUUACGCCUCAGAUGAGGGAUUUCCAUGUUGAAGAGGGGAGAAAAGCAAUGAGGAGAUCGGUUAGUUCACUUCCUGAUAGUGUGACAAAGGAAGAUCCUACAAACAAGUACGAAUUGCUCAAUGAGCUCGGGAAGGGUUCAUAUGGAGCUGUAUACAAAGCUAGAGACAUAAAGACAUCAGAGAUGGUUGCCAUCAAAGUUAUAUCCUUGUGUGAAGGGGAAGAAGGAUAUGAAGAAAUUUGUGGUGAAAUUGAGAUGUUGCAACAAUGUAAUCAUCCGAAUGUGGUCCGGUACUUGGGGAGCUACCAAGGAGAAGAUUACCUUUGGAUAGUAAUGGAGUAUUGUGGGGGUGGAAGUGUUGCUGAUCUAAUGGGUACUACUGAGGAGACUUUUGAGGAGCAUCAUAUAGCCUACAUAUGUAGAGAAGCUUUGAAGGGUCUUUCUUAUUUGCACUCCAUUUUCAAGGUUCACAGAGACAUAAAAGGGGGUAACAUUCUACUUACUGAACAAGGAGAGGUAAAGUUGGGUGAUUUUGGUGUAGCGGCUCAGCUUACUAGAACUAUGUCAAAACGCAACACGUUCAUUGGCACUCCUCAUUGGAUGGCUCCGGAAGUGAUUCAGGAAAGCCGAUACGAUGGAAAGGUGGAUGUUUGGGCUCUUGGAGUGUCUGCAAUUGAAAUGGCUGAGGGGCUACCACCACGAUCGACCGUGCAUCCGAUGAGAGUAAUCUUCAUGAUUUCCAGUGAGCCUGCGCCAAUGCUUGAGGAUAAAGAAAAAUGGUCACUAGUCUUCCAUGAUUUUGUUGCAAAGUGCCUCACAAAAGAGCCUCGUCUACGACCUAAUGCCACUGAGAUGUUGAAGCAUAAGUUCAUUGAGAAAUGCAAAUGGAAUGCUUCUGUAAUGCUACCGAAGAUUGAAAAAGCAAGGAUCAUCAGAGCUGCAAUGUCUGCCCAAGCACUCCAUCAAGUCCCAGGAACCUCUUUUCCGGGAGGCAGUGAUAUCAAUGAAAGUCAUGCAGACACAGUACCAACUGAACCUAGUAAAAUUCCAACUCAUGAAGUUCGAGAUGAGACCAGCAAGGUCCAUGAUGAGGAACCACCAAGAGAGGGAGAGUCUGGAACUUUCAUUGUCCAUAUGCAGUUAGAGCGGGAAGCUAAGGAAAUAGCGCCUGCUGGUACGAAAGAUAUGACGACUUCCAUGGAUGUCAGAAUUCCUUCUUCUCAUGCUUUAGAAGAUAGACAACCAAAGUUUGAGGUGGACAUGGAAAGAACUUCACCUGGUGGUGUUCCAAGCGUGGCAUCAAGUCAUCUACCACAAGACAUAAAUGACUCAUUCCCUUCUCUAGACACUUUUCCUGAAAAAAGCAUGCAAAAAGAAAAGGCUGCUCCAUUGCAAAGAGACUCUGGUGACCCUCAGAUGGGGGGUGAGAGCACUUCAGGCAGCACAUUGAAGACUGCAACCAUUGGUCGCCAAGGCUUUGCUCUUCAAGAUAAGUUGUGGUCCAUAUAUGCAGCAGGAAAUACAGUGCCCAUACCCUUUCUGAAAGCAACAGAUAUAUCUCCUCUUGCUCUAAUAUCAGACAAUGACAAUGGAGAUAGAGAUCCAGAUGGUAAUGGCACCACUGCUUUGGAGGCCAUUCAAGAGCUAUACAGUGGAGAUGGAACAGCAAGAAAGGGGAGGAGGGCCCAAAAUAAUGAGGUGCCUUUACCUUCGAGUGUGCAUAAGAGAUUGACAACAAGUUCGACACUAUUCAACCUUGCACAGGCUUUAGCGUAUCAUAAAAUGUGCUAUGAUGAGAUGCCAUUGCAAGGUUUGCAAGCUGCACAAGAGCAGCGCACCAUUCAGAACCUUGGUGAUACUCUAAGGACUAUCUUAAGAUUGUAACAGUUUUUCUUGAAAGAGAUAAAUUUGGGUCUAGGGUAUAUGCAUUAUCUUUCAUAUUUAAAAUGUGGUUUAGGUAGUAAAUAUAACUGAAAUUUUCAUGGAAUCAUGGUUCUUGA